CUGACGUCACAGGGGCCUCAGUGCUGUCGUCAGGCCCAGAGGCCGGCGGGGAGGAGGAGGAGGAGGCUGAGCGCGGCCUUCCCUCCGCUGGGAGGUGGCUGCCUGGCUUCUUCAUCUCAGCCAGCCCUGUCCUUUCUUUCCAUGAGUGCGGCUUGAUGGCGGCCGGGCCGAGCUGAGCCCAGGCCAGCCCCCCCCCCACCCCCGCGGAUUUCUGGAUGCGGCCGAGUGAGGAGGAAACCAAUGGACGUUAUGGAAAGCCCUCUGAACCUGGCUCACCAGCAGAGCAGAAAGGCGGAGCGUAUGCUAGCAGCAGGAAAGUAUGCUGAAGCAAUUGAUUGUCAUGGGAAGGCUUCAGAUCACCUUGGAGAAGCCAUGAAACUAACACAGUCAGAACAGGCUCUAUUAUCAUUGGAGCUACAGAGAGACAGUCAUAUCAAACAUCAGCGUCUAAUCCAUGAAAGAUGGAAGAGAGCUAAGAGAGAAGAGAAGCUGAGGGCUCAGAUACACUCAACAGCAGCAGACAGGGAAGCUGAUCCCCAGUUACCAAUGAAACCAUUCUCUGAUGAAUCUGAUGGGCAGAAGACACUUUCCACAAGUGCAGAAAUGAGUAGCCUUAACCAGGAGGAAUACCUGAGGCAAAUUCGGAACUCCUGUGAUCGGGAACCGGAUACUCUUCUCUUUUUGUUAGAGAAGAAGCAAGUUCCUUCAAAAACCUGUGCAGGGAACAAAGCUCCUAAAGACGACAAGACAAGGAUAGAGGAGCAAGAGAUGAAAAUUUCUGAACUGAAAAGACUUGUUGAUCUACUUACAGCUGAGAAUGAGAGACUCAAGAAGGAGAAUAAGCAGCUAAAGGCAGAGAAUGCACGACUUAGGAAGUCCCCGUUGGUGAAGGAAUUGGACAUGGAGUCAGACUUUGUGAAGUCAGACUUGUGGUGCAUUAGUCAACCGUCCGAUAAUGCUACCAACGCUGGGAAAGCGAAAGACAUUCCAAUACCCAACCUUCCUCCUUUGGAAAUGCCAACUCAGAACAUUUCAUUGGAUGAUCUUCCCCUUUUAGAACUUUCUGAGGAGGUUGUGUGUAAUCUGAAAGAACCAUUGGAUAACCAAAAGAAAACCUCAAAGGACAAACUAUAGGGAUCAUACUUGCAUAAAAGUUUGUUAACAAUUAAGUGGUACAGUGCCUCAAAAUAGCAGUUAAUGUUCCUGUUGUACAUAUAAGUGGCAGAUGAUCAUUUGUUCUGUCUGUAUGAUUUUCUCAUUCAGAUGGAUUGGGGCACUGUUUACAUUCGGGUAUUCAGCUCCAUGAAUCAAUCUGUGCCACUCAAUGAACUCAAUGUGAUGCAAAUUUCAAAGCCAAUCAGGAACAUUACAUGUAUUUCUACUGUAUGAUGAGGGAACCAAAUCAACAACUUUUACUUCUGAAUGAUCAGUUUACAUUACUGUAAUUGGGGUGCAUCAUUGUAUACCUUUUUUAUUGUUUUCUUUCAGUCUAAACAAAUUACCCUGUGUGAUACGAAUUGUCUAAAGAUGAACUGUAACUUUUUUGCUGCAUGAAUGAAAAAAUUAGUGUCGGUAUUUGAUUUGCAGAUCGAAUAAUUAAUAAAAAUACAAUCCUUGCAA